AAACCGGGCCCAAAUCCUCGCCGAAACGCCCACGAAAUUCUCCGCAAAUAUAAACCCACUCCUCCGCCUCCACCCUCCCCUCUUCCUCCUCGCAGGUUGCCCACCCCGGCAUCCCUCGCCUCGUCGCCGCGCCCGGCCCGUCCCACGCCCCCGAACCCUAGCCGCCGCCAUUGUCCCGCGCCGCGCACCCCGAUGGAAGGCGGCUCAGGGGCGGCGUACGCAGCGCGCACCGCGGAGGAGGUCUUCCGCGACUACCGCGGCCGCCGCGCCGGCAUGAUCAAGGCUCUCACCACCGAUGUGGACAAGUUCUUCAAGCUCUGCGACCCCGAAAAGGAGAACUUGUGCCUUUAUGGAUAUCCGAAUGAGACAUGGGAAGUGACCUUGCCAGCUGAGGAAGUACCCCCAGAGAUCCCUGAACCAGCAUUAGGAAUCAACUUUGCCAGGGAUGGCAUGAAUGAGAAGGAUUGGUUAGCACUAGUUGCAGUUCACAGUGAUUCCUGGUUACUGUCCGUUUCGUUCUACUUUGGAGCCCGGUUUGGGUUUGACAAAGAUGCUAGGAGGCGACUCUUUAGCAUGAUAAACAACAUGCCUACGAUAUUUGAGGUAGUGACAGGAAACGCCAAGAAACAGACGAAGGAGAAGACACCCAACAGUAGCAGCAAGAGCAACAAGCCUAGUUCAAAAUUGUCAAGAGCUGAGUCUCGUUCAAAGGCUAAGGUUUCAACCCCCAAAGAUGAAGAAGAGAGCGGUGAUGACGACAGGGAUGAGGAGGAAGAGCGUGACAACACCCUGUGUGGAACUUGUGGAACCAACAAUGGCAAGGACGAAUUCUGGAUCUGUUGUGACAACUGCGAAAAGUGGUACCAUGGAAAGUGCGUCAAGAUUACGCCCGCUCGAGCUGAGCAUAUCAAGCAGUACAAGUGCCCAGACUGCAGCAACAAGAGGGCCAGGGCGUGAAUAACAAAGCAUUGGCGAACCUGUUAGAAGGAAACCAUCUCCAGGCGUCAGGAUCUCUAGAUAUGGCUUAGUUUUCUAGCUUGUAAUCUUGCGUUUUUAUUUAUGGCUAUAUCCGUUGAUUAGUUGUCCGACCUAGUUGUGUUUAAAACUCGACAUCUUUCGCGUGUUAACAUCUGCCUUUCUAAUCUGUAACCUUGUUACUGAAGGUACUUCUCAACUGACCAUUUCUUCA